AAGAAAAACCUCGAUUGUCGCAAAAAGAGGAGAACAGAGAGAGAGAGAGAGAGGAGAUUGGGCGGAGCAAGGAAGCAGAGAAUGAGACGUCCUUCACCGAGGCAGGUCCGUUCUCAAAACGCUGCGUUUUAUGGUGUCCUCUAUUCUAGGGUUUUGUUCCGUUUGCUUCUGUUUCCGGUUCGAUUUGUCGUGUUUGAACGAGUAGAAUCGUUUCGCUGUUUUGCUUUUCUGCUACGGUUCUUUCUUUCUUAAUUGAUUUUUCUGUUUUGUGACUAAAUUUGAUUUUUUAUUUUUUAUUAUUUUUAUUAUUAUUAUUUUUGUAAUAUCUUUGUAUUGGGUGAAAUUGUAUAUUUUGUUGAAAUUCCGAAAUCAAUUUCUUAUCGGGAGGAAUAAUUAGGGUUAGUAUCAAACGCUAUGGAAAAUAAAAGCAGAGUGUUUUGGAGAGUUGAUGCUGAAUUUUGCUUUUUUCUUAUUUCGUAGAUGAUAAUGUGGUUUAGCUUAGUUGAGAGACUUGCUAGCGCAAACGAAUUGAGCACAUGGUUUGCAGGUUUUAUGAACUUCGUGACAUCUUAACUUAAGGGGUUUGGUCAAAUAUUUUUUACAAAUCGCCAAACAUAUAGGAGAAUGGCAGAGGGAAUAUCGAGCUUCUGGGGUCCUGUAACAUCUACCAAAGAGUGGUGUGAGAAAAAUUAUGUCUACUCUUCUUAUAUUGCAGAGUUUUACAACACUGUAUCAAAUAUCCCAUGCAUUCUUUUGGCACUGAUUGGCCUCAUAAGUGCCUUGAGACAACAUUUCGAGAAGAGAUUUAGUGUUCUUCACAUAUCUAAUAUGAUACUUUCAAUUGGAAGCAUGGUAUAUCAUGCCACAUUGCAACAUGUGCAACAGCAAAGUGAUGAAACUCCAAUGGUAUGGGAAAUGCUCCUUUAUCUCUACAUCCUGUACUCCCCAGAUUGGCAUUAUCGUAGCACAAUGCCUACCUUCCUGUUCCUUUAUGGUGCUGUUUUCGCUAUAGUCCAUUCACAGUUUCGGUUUCGCACUGGUUUCAAGGUGCAUUAUGUUAUCCUCUGUCUCCUCUGCAUCCCCCGUAUGUACAAGUAUUACAUUCACACAAAGGAUACAUCUGCAAAGCGGCUUGCAAAGUGGUAUGUGGUCACUCUUUUCCUUGGUAGUUUGUGCUGGUUAUUUGACCGUCUUUUCUGCAAGGAGAUAUCAGGUUGGCCUGUCAACCCUCAAGGUCAUGCCAUGUGGCAUGUCUUAAUGGGUUUCAAUUCCUACUUUGCCAACACGUUCUUGAUGUUUUGCCGGGCUCAGCAACGAGACUGGGCCCCAAAGGUUGUCCAUUUCAUGGGUAUUUUCCCGUAUGUUAAGAUUAACAAACCAAAAACCCAGUGAGCGAUAAUUUGGUGGAACCAAUGGAGUUAUAGCUUUUCUUUCUGCUGCUGGGAACACGUCUGAGGUUUUGGCAGGUGACAAAAGCAAGCAAAUUCAAAUCAAUUUUCCCCCUUUUAGAUGGAUCUAAAUGACGAUUGGAUAUUGAUGCAUCUCAUUGAAAUUUUCCUUGCGAAAGCAGAACAUGCUUGCACUGUGUACCAUAUUUAUAUGGCAGUAUUUGAUAGAUGGCUUUGUUUCUGGAUAGUUUGUUUUGCCUUUUUUAUUUUAUUUUUAUUUUUAUUUUUAUUUUUUAUUUUUACUUUCAAGUAGAAAGCUGUGUUGAAUUUGUUAUUGAACUCUGAGAGAGUAUCAUGAAUUCUGAUACCAUCAGCUUUUAACUUUGUCCUCUUAAAUAGGACAGAUUCAAAGUUCCAAAUUUCUUGUUUA